GAUACUCAGUUCCUAUUAAAAAUUGCAUUUCUUGGGCUUCUCCCACUUGACCAUAGCAAAGCUCUUUAUAAACGUCAGUGAAUUAAACCUCACGCUUUGCCUGUAAGAGACCUGGAAGGGAACAUUCUGGAAGGCACUGACAAGCCAGUGGUUAAUUGGUGCACAAAACACCCCUACUUGUGGUUUAAAGGGUUGAAACUCAGGCAGGAUCUCUCUUUUUCCAAUCUCGUGGUGGAAACCUGAGGCCUGGUCCAGUCAAAUUAUACUUCCAGAGAAACCAAAUUUACAGGGGAAGGGGAUGGCCCAACAUGCUGAUGUCCCUAAAUUGAGCUUUCAGUAUUGGCUGGAUAAGGCUGUUGAGUGGGGUCAAACCACCACUUUGGAAUCCCAGCAAGAUGUCUGCCUUCAGUUGCCUAAGUUACAGGAGUUUCUACAGCAGAUUUAUGAAUCCUUGAAACAUAUGAAUUCCACUACUGCAGUUCAGAGGUUCCCUUUAAUUGGUCAAUUACUAGGAAGACUUUGUUGGAAUCCCUUUGUUGUUGGAUAUGAUGAGAGCCAGAAAACUCUCAUGUGGUGCUUAUGUUGUCUGUACAGCAAUGAACCACAGAACCCUGUGGAAUUGAAGGCUAACAGCUGGAUACUGAGUUUGCUGUGCCAUCUCCUUUCUUCGUCUGAAUGGGGAGCUAACAAAGUUGGUACUGGUACCUUUAUUUCUGCUCUUGGCUACACGUCUGCAGAUUACUAUUCUAAACUGGUUAAAAAUAUAGUCUUAUCAUUAGUGACAGAACUCAAAGGAAAUCAGUUUAAUGGAUUUAACGUUCAAGGGAGAGUUUCAGAUGAUCAUGUAAAUGUAGUGUCCCUUUUUUGCGUCCCUCUUAUCACUUUGCCUGAUGUAACUCCUCUACUGGAAGCGCUCCUUACCUAUCAUGGAGGUGGAUCGCAAGAGGUUCUCAGCUCAGAGUUUUUAGAAGCUGUGAAUGAGACAUUUUUAAAGAAGAAGAUUGCCCUCUCUGAAUCAGCUAUCCUAAGCUUGUGGCUUCGUCAUCUGCCUAGCCUUGAAAAAGCAACACUGCAUCUUUUUGAAAGGUUGAUUUCCACUCAAACAAGUUCACUGGAAGAGGUAGCAUGUAUCAUAAAAGAGUCAUUACUGCCACAAGCAGCAUGCCACCCUCCCAUCUUCAGAAUUGUUGAUGAAAUUUUCAAGAAUGCACUAAUGGAAACCGGUGGAACGCCAGAAGUAAUGACCAUAAUACAGGUGUUUACACAGUGUUUUGUUCAAGCUCACCAGAAGGAUAACAAGCAGCAUAAAUUUCCUCUGAAGGCCUACUUUCCUCAUCAUCAUCAUCAUCUUGUAAUAGCCUUACUCAAACAUCCUUUUGAUUUGCCAGCUACACUCUGGUCUCAGCACCUGAAAUACAUUACUGACAUGCUUAAAGCAAUAAUAGAAGAUAAAAGCAUUAGAUCUUACACUGACCUCUUUGAGAGCUGGUUUUUGUUUGUUCAUUUUGGAGAAUGGGUUGAUAUCGCUGUAGAGCAGUUGCUGAAGUCUGAAGAUGAAUCCUCAGAUACUUUUCUGUGGCUGCUGGCAUUUUACUACAAUCCACACAGUGAUAAAGAGCAGAGGACACAAAUUCUGGUAGAAGCUCGAGCAGUGUAUGAUCGUCUGAUGAUGCUCUUCAGCUGUACAACCCUCUCCAUCACAGAUCUGCAGGCUGCAGCUGGCACUAAAACAGAUAAAAGGCAACCUUGCACCAAACACCUUGUUAGGCAUCUUCUGAUUAGUUUUUUGCUCUUUUCUUCUGGUGGACACAAGAUUGCCCAAGAGUUUAUUUCUCAUGUGAUACUGGCAAGCAAUACAACCAAUGAAGUUUUUGGCCUUCUUAUACGUACUGCCUACAGGUUUAACCAACUUGGAUUAAAAAACCAAAGGGUUGUGAAGCUGGUGAAUGAACUUCUUCAAGAACUAAGAUUUAUGGAUUAAUUUUGUAUUGUUGUCCAGAUCAACCCAGUAACUAGACUGGCUGAUCAGAUCUUUUCUACGGUAAAGUGUUAAAGGGAACUCAGGUUUCUUUUAUUUAUAUUCUCCCUUCCCCAUGUAUGAAAAUCUCAUUCUUUUAGAAUAUAGCAGUAAUCUUUUAAAUUGGUUGAAAAUGUUAUUCGUAAUGUUUUAUUUUACAAGGGACAUGUGUCAUCUAAACGCUGUUUAUUCACAGCCUCAUUGUUGCCGACAUUAUGUCCUAGUUGUGGUCUAGAUUUUCUGUAAAUUCUUAGUCCAGGAAGUGCAGCUGUUAGAGGUGGAAACAAAAGCUAUAAUAAUAGGAAGAGGCCUUUCCUUCUGUAAAAUAAUUACUGAUAAAUGAAAACUACUGUUUGAAUGUUACAAGGGAGAGAUAAAGUUCAGAAAAAUUGUUA